AUGUUGCUACAUGCUCUGGACGCAACUACCAAUGGUGCAACGGAGCUUUAUAUCCAUUUUCCAGACACAAAUGUUUUAGUUCUGUCUCUGAGAUGCUAUCCGGAGUUGUGUGUGAAGACAUCGUUUGUCACCGGUACGGGUGAUAUCCAUCGUGUGAUUGACCUUAGCCCAAUAGCUAGCGUCCUCAGUAGUGCUAAACUUGCAGCAUUACCAGCUUUCCACACGCUCAGCGGGGCUGACAUCACCGGGUGUUUUUCUGGUAAAGGGGCACUUUCAUGCUGGAAAACGUUCAUGGACGCAGAAGAUGUCAUAACUGCUUUGGGAAACCUUGGAACCACAUUGUAUCCCCCAGACGAGAUACUAGCCCUUGUGGAGAAGUUUAUAUGCCAGCUUUACCAGCCUGGAACCGGUAACUCACAAGUCAAAGAACUAAGAUGGCAUAUGUUCAGAAAAAAUCAAGUGGAAUCGAAUAGGCUUCCACCAACACAAGGGGCAUUUUAUGAAGCAAUUCUGAGUGCGCACCUACUAUCAAAUGACGGUAUGGAACAAUGA